UGGACCAAUCAAAUUGCUCCAAAUAAGCCCUAGCCGGCACACCGCCUUUUUUUGUGACCAAUAAGAAAACAGAAGAAACAGCUGAUUUGCUUUCUGCUUCGAAUAUAUGUUGUUUAUAUUUUGACUAACCAUCAAAUCUUUUCUUUUUCCGAAGUUAUUAUACCAAUGCUGAUAACACAAAAUUUAAGUGGAAAAAAAUGUAGCUCGGACAUGUAAUCAGAUGCUUCAUGUCAUACAUCUCUUAUUUCUCUAUUCAAUUAAUUUAGGUAUUCGAUUCAAAAGCACAAUAUUUGCUAUAUUUUCUUCUGAUUUAAAAUGGCCAUGUCAAUACGUUCUACUAGAAUCUUCAAUUCCAAGCGAGAAUCAUUUUUAAUGUUUUUUAAAAAAGGUGCACGCCUGUUAAGUGCGUCAUCAUCUAAAUACACUAUUAAACCUCAGAAGAAUCACAUGACCAUAGCCGAACAGAUACGUGCUCGUAUUGAAGUUCGAGGUCCUCUUAGUGUUGCGGACUACAUGAGAGCUGUGCUGACGAGCCCAUCAGGAGGGUAUUAUAUGUACAAGGAUGUACUUGGACGGCAAGGUGAUUUCACUACCUCUCCAGAAAUAUCCCAGCUCUUUGGUGAUAUGGUUGGUGUCUGGUAUGUAAAUGAACUAAAAAAGUUUCAUGCACCUUCUCAACCUCUUCAACUGGUUGAACUUGGUCCUGGUCGUGGCACAUUAAUAGCAGAUGUGCUUAAUGUCUUUAAGUUGUUGAGGGGCAAAGAAGGAUUGAGUGUGCACCUGGUUGAAAUAAGUCCAGAAUUCAGUCGUAUACAAGCAGAGAAACUCUGCCAGAAAGGAACAGUACAGCAAGCAAGUUUCUUUGUUGAAAGAGAAGUGUCUGGAAAUAUAGCCAAAGGACGAAAGUAUGGAGUGAAAAAUGACGACACUGAAGGCAAAGUUACUGGGAAGAAGUCAUCCUUUAGCACAAUUACUGUGGAACGUCCAUCAAAUUUAGUCAAGAAAACAGAAUCAAAACACUACCAAGAAGGUGUUAUGGAUGAUGGAACUCCUGUUUAUUGGUAUUAUUCACUUUCUGAAGUGCCGAAUAAUUUUUCUUGUUUUCUGGCUCAUGAGUUUUUUGAUGCUUUACCAGUUCAUAAAUUCAAGAAAACACCUGAGGGUUGGAGGGAAAUACUUGUCACAACUGAUACUGAUAGAGGACCAGACUGUUUUAAAUUUGUUAUAUCUCGAUUUGGAACUCCUGCAUCAAAAAUUUUCAUGAAGCCCUGGGAUGAGAGAGAAGAAGUGGAAGUGUGCCCCGAUUCUGGUCUAAUAGCUCAACAGAUUGCAGCCAGACUUGAAGCUCAAGGGGGCGCAGCCUUAAUAAUUGACUAUGGAAGUGAAGAUGAAAGUUGUGAUACAUUUCGGGCAUUUAAACAACAUCAACAGGUUGAUCCCUUAGUUUCUCCUGGCACCGCAGACUUGACGGCUGAUGUAGACUUCACUUAUUUGCGUAAUGCUGUGAGUGAUAAAGCUUUAGCUUUUGGACCAGUAUCACAGUCUCACUUUCUAAAGGAAGUUGGUAUUGAUCUUCGGUUAAAGUGUGUUGUGGUUUUGUAUUAUAGAGUUUAUUGGAGCAGUGCCCCAAUGAACAGAAAUCUCAAUUGGAAAGUGGCUACAAAAUGCUCAUGGAGUCCAUGGGUGAACGUUUCAAAUUUUUUGCUCUAUUUCCAAAUAUUUUGAAAGAUCAUCUUCAAAAGUUUCCAGUUGCUGGAUUUCCUAAACUAUAGACUAACAGUCAUAGUAAAUGUUAGGUUUGAUGACUAAUAUAAGUAAAAAUUAAUGAUGUAUUGGACCCUUUAUUAAUGGAAUACAAAAAAAAGGCACUCCUGAAUCAUGAUUAAAUACCAAUAAAAUCACCAGUAAGUAAUUUUCAA